UGUCAAGAUCAACAAUACAAAGCUUGGCUUGUAAAUCGGAUUUGUUUUACUGUGUUCUCUUCUCUGAAACUUCAAUAACACGGAUACAAUUCAGAUGUAAGCUGUCUGCAACGCAUUUACACAAUCGUGAACAUUGCAAAGUGAAAAAACCUGAUAAUAUUCAAAAUGGGUCCACUGCCAAAAGGUAGCAGGAACGUCCACAUCAACAAGAGUCAUGGUCCUGACACCAACAUGAUGAAGUUCUACGUUACCCAGAAUUCCACCACAUACGGCAGAUUCUGGGACAACUACAAGCCAAGGCAAGGUCGCCACACUGGGACUGGCUACAAAUCCAACUUCCGCCCCUCCGUGUACUACAGCCAAAGAUUAGAUGAAGUUGAUAAUCCUGUCAUGGGUCGCAUCUGUGGAGACAAUUAUAUAACUAUGACAACAAAAGACUUCCAGCCCUACAAGGAGAACACUGGCAUGGAGCCACUGCCUCAAUCAACACAUCACACAGGCUCAGGAUUCGUCAGACAAAAACCAAUCACGAAUCCUACUAAUAGAGAGGUGCAAGGUGUUUUUGUAGACACUCGUGCGGCAAGUGCGCCAGCAGACAUCUUGCCACGAGGCAAACCUCUUCUUCACAAACUCAAGCCUAAGGACCCUGUUGAGCUUGAAAACAAUGGCUAUGGUCCCAAAUCCAUGGUGUCGGAAACACAUGAGCGGUUCAAAGGUCAACAAGGCAAUCACUUGGACCCGAAUCAGCUGACCGUGGGGCCACAGCAGGACACUGGAUUCACCCACAGCUACAGUGUGGAGCCUGUCACAUACCAGCCAAUGUCAGCCUUCAAGAAUGAGCAGCCUGGUUAUUUCACAAAUCGUCCUACUGGCAUCAGCGUCAUGAAGACCAGCUUCCUCCCCACAGAAUACCCCAGGGGUAAGGAACCACUGCCAAACUUAGCAGCACCAUCAGACCAUGACUCUGGGUUCACCCGGGAGAGAGCCAAGCCCUUGUAUGUCCACAGACGGAUGGGAGAUGCGUAUGACAAGGCUGGCGAUAUCCCCAACAUGAAGCUGGACAAAACAUUGAAGAGGGACCCCACAGAGUUCAUCAACAUGCAUCACCCAGACAACCACUCCAGUGUGUCGAUGAACGUGUACCGCGGUCUACAGAACCCUCCACCAAGUGAGGCUGGACGUCUCGGCCGGACAGCUACAGGGCAACAGGAAGCAUCUGGCUACAGCAACAACAGUGACCGGUUCAUCCAGACAUCGGAUGACCCACGGAGGUUCCUCACACAUUACAUGACCAGGUUCACUGACAUCACUCCCAUGGGUAUGGAGCGCGAAGGUCACUGUCGGGGUGGAGUGCAGCAGCAGAAACCAGACGGCUUCACCAAGAGCACCUCUGUCCACGUGAACGGUGCUGACAUCAACACCACAGAUACGCUGCGGCGUCUUGAGCCAUAUGUUUCCAGGAGUAUCAAGGCAAGGGAUGUGUUUUAUGAUGAUCAUCUCCACGAUGCUAAAUCUCAAAGGCUCACAAGGUCAGCCCUGGUGCACUGAUUACUUCCUGGAUGUCAAGAACACUGUCCGUCCAAACUGUGAUAUUGUCUUUAUUGUGAAUGUGCACACUGUUGAGUUUUUAUAGAAAUAUAGGUCAUCAUUGUUUUGUUAACUUGUAUAUUUUGAAGUCUACACCAUUUGUUAUGCAAAACCCUUCAGUUGAGGAUUUUGCUUUAUAAGUAAAAGUAAUCGGAUUACUUUGAUAUAUUUCAUUAUAAUAUAUAAUAGAAAUGGAAAGGUUUUAAGGAAUGCAAAUCAUUUAGGAAUGUGUUUUGGCAAUAUAAAGUUCUAUAGUUAAAAACAAUAUCUACAAUUUGAUACUAUACAUAUAUUUUGCAUUAUGAAACCUUUUACACUUUCGUGCCAAACAACUUUUCGAAAGUUUGGCUUCUUAAAUUUGUUUGUUAAGUGUUGGAAUUAGUAAAACCUGCACAUCCUGACAAUGCAAUAGAGAAGAGCACAGCAUUUGAAAGUAUUGAACUGUUAACAGUGAAACUGCUGUCUUUGCAAAACCAUCACUUUCACAGUUCACUAUGUACAUAGAUCUCAAGGUCAUAUCUUGUAUUUGUAAUUAUUGUAUACAGUGUGAAAGUGUGAAACAUAUAGUGGUAAUUACACAAAUAAUUUCUUUUUGCUCAAUAUUCUGAUAAUGAUGUAGUUUUACAUGGCCAUUUUAGAGAAACUGUAUAUAAAACUGUGAUAAAACUUUCUAAAACAGUUUCUCUCAAAGUGCAGUUUAUCUAGAGAACUGUAAUGUGUCAAUUUAAUCCAACUCUUUGCUCAUUCAUGCCAUACAGCUGGAACCUUUACAGGGUGAUUUAUUGUAUUUUUAAUGAUUUAUGUUUUAAUUCUAACAUUUUAACUCAGUGAUAUAAGAUCUGUUUGGAAGAUUUCCUCAUGGAUGUUGAAAUAUUUCCUGAUUUAGCUCAAUUUUAUACAUUAUUGUCUACCUUUUCAACCUUAUUUACAGAUGUAUUUUAAUUGUCAUCAGUAUUAGAGGAAUUUGAUUUACAAGUGGUUUGUAUCUAAGGCUGUCACAUGCACACACAGAGCAUUUUUUCUUUUAUGAAAUUAAUUAUGUUCUCAAAUGUAGACUGAGGUCUAAUGCCCAGCUUCUGACUUGUGAUGUUGAAAUUGUACCUGGGCAAAAGUCUGUGUACUUUCUGUAAUCAAUAACUGCUGAAUUGAUAUACAUAGUCAGAGCAGCUAGCAAUUAAAUUUGAUGGGGCUGCCAUUUUGCAAGAGCAUAGUCCCCCUUUAAGAUAGCUAUGUGAAGAUUACUAGAUGAAGUCAUGAAUGUUUGUCUUUUCUGGAAUAAAGUGGGUCUUUGUAUGUCUGUAUGGCAAUAAAUCACGGAACACACA